AUGUCUGGCCAUCACAACCCCGACGAGCCCCUGAUUGGUCGUCGCCUUGGCCGCGGCCAAAUCUCAUCUGGACUGGAGAAGUUGACGUCUGGAGAUGAGCACCAUGAAGUUUAUGCAGAAAACUCACAAGCUACAGACAUUCCCGAUGACCGCUUUCGAAUUGAAGGCGGCGAAGUACAACUUCGACUCCCACCCUCCUUGGGCGCCCGAGCAGCACGCGCUUUCCCGUCACGCUGGUUGAAGAACCUUGGAAUUUUUUCCUUCGGCCUCUUGCUAUUCUUCUGGAUCACCAGCCGCACCGGCCCCAACAUCCCGCCCGCGGAUCUUACUUCGCCUCAGAUCGACGGAUAUCUGCCCCCCUUGGCAGACAUCGCCGCUCACCAGCCUGCUGACACUUUGUCGCCGAUCGACUGGCUGCGUGAGAAUACAUAUAACCAGCCGACUUACACGCUUCCUAUCUCCAAGCUGGAAGCCUUGAUCGCCGACAAGCCAAGGGCCGCUUUCAUUGCCCUUGUACGCAAUUCCGAGGAGGUCGGUAUGGUUCACUCCAUCUUGCAGGUCGAGGCUCGGUUCAACAGCCGAAAGACACACCGCUACGAUUGGGUCUUCUUCAAUGACGAGCCCUUCACCGAGUCCUUCAUGGCCGCCGUGUCCAACGCCACCAGCUCUACGGUCUACUUUGAACAGAUCAUCGACAAGCACUGGCGCAUGCCCGACUGGAUCGACAAGUCUCGCUACGAUGUUGGUCGUCAGUUCCAAGGUAGUAUCGGUGUCGGUAAGUCGUGGCUGGAAAGCUACCAUCAGAUGUGUCGCUGGAACUCCGGCCUCUUCGCCCUUGAAGACCGCCUCAAGAACUAUGAUUGGUACUGGCGCGUUGAACCUGACGUUCAAUACACGUGCAACAUCAACUAUGAUGUAUUUCGAUUCAUGCGCGACAACAACAUGGCGUACGGCUUCAACAUGGCAAUUCUUGACGAUGCGCGAUCCUUCCCCUCGCUCUGGGAGCGAACGCAGACGUUCAAGAGAUACAACCCUGACAUGGUCAACCCCGAGGCCGACAUGAGAUGGCUUCUUCACCAGACGGCAGAACCCGACAGAAUGGUCCGCUCCGGCUCUGGCUACCAUGCAGGCAGGGGUGAUCAGUACAACAACUGCCAAUUCUACUCCAAUUUCGAAGUUGGAUCCCUGGAUUUCUUCCGCAGCAAGGAACACCAAGCCUACUUCCAGCACUUGGACAAAUCGGGCGGCUUCUUCUACGAGCGUUACGGCGAUGCUCCCAUCCACACCCUCAGCGUCAGCAUGUUCUUGCCCAAGAGACGCGUCUGGUUCUUCCGCGACAUCGGCUACUCGCAUGGCAUCUGUGAAUCCUGCCCCCCUCACGUGUCCAAGCUUCCCAUGGGGCCAGAGCCUGACGCCCGGCGGAUCAAAGCCGCCGAGCUCAGCUCCAGCAUGGGUCGAGGUCACCGCCGCAUCGACCUCUUGUCUGACGACUUGGCCAAGAAGAAACUUAUUCCCGGCUUGCAAUGCGGCUGCACGACCAGCGCUCUCGACGCGGCAUUUGCCAAGCUCGUUCCGUACGAGUCCAAACAGCUCAAGCCCAUUGACACCUGUAUCCGACUCUGGCUCCGAGGCAAGUACCUUCUCAAGCGCUCCAACUGGAGCCGAAAGGCUGAACUCGACGCCGGUGGCGAUGGGUACGGCGGUUACGAAAUCACCGGCCUCGAAGCAAACCCUUUCCCCGAAGCGCCCGGUACCAUCUCGAUCACAUUGGACGCUGUUCCAGCCCAGGAUGAGCAGGCUGCACCGCGUGCCAUGGACAAUCAAGCGGCUUCCUCCGUUGAGAAUGGUGAAGUCGCUGAUCACGUCCACCUUGAGCUCGAGGUUGAUGUCACCCCCAUUCAGAUUUGA